GAGUCCACGUGCUGGCAUUCGCGACUCUUGUACAACUCCUGACCGGUCACUGAUCCUUACGGCCCGUGCACCAAAAUCCGUUAAAGGUGACUUGAUUGUGACAAUGUCGAUGAUUUGUUUCUAGAAAAGUGAUCAACGAGCGUCAAUCUGGAACUCUUCGUCAUCCCAACUAUCGGGCAGGGAGUACUGACACCGAAACGCAGCAUCGGCACGCUGCGUCCGCAGCAUGAUGCAUGUGGACUCUUUGACAUUGGCGCGCAGAUUGACUGUAUAUCUGCAGUUACGUACAUCAUGCUAUGUAUCUGGCCUCGCUCUUUCCAUAGAGGUGCCGCCUGACAAGGAUGAACGAAGACAAGAAAGAAGUUUCGCAACUGCAAGUUGACUUCGGGUCAGUACAGACUACCACUAUCGAUGGUCAGACUUGCGAGCCACAAUUCGUGGAGCGGCCGCGCCAAUCUGUCGCAACUAGGCUUUUUGGUAUCGGUGUUAUGAGCUUGCUACUCUUUGCCGUGUUUACCCACUCUGGGUUCAAUCUUGUGCGCAGUGUUUUCGACUACUACGAAGUUUCAACACGCUUAAAUGAUCCUGGCUACCCUGAUCCCAGCGAUGGUGUAGUCACUAGCGAGUCACUUUUCACCCUUCCUGUUGACUCAGACUCCCUGUAUCUCAUCUCUCGGGGUGCUUUCCAGUACGGCACUAUCACCGUGGAGCAGUCCACGGAGGCCUCAGAUGAUGUCAUCAUACGCAUCCGCGCUGCAUACUUCAAAGAAGAGGCGUUCGAAAAUGCAAACAUUUGCCACCUCAAGCGCCAGGAAAAUCAGAAUGGAAUCGGUAUCUACGCAAGUUUCUUCUUCUUGAACACUAUGUUGUGGUUGUACUAA